UCGCUUUUUCCGGCCGGGUUCUACUGCUCGGGGACUUUUUUCGCUCCUUGGGGAAUGGCGGGCCGCGGCGCUAUGGGCCCUCUCACAGGCGCGUUCGUCGCUGUGUUUGUGCCCGCUCCGUGCCCUGUUUUGACUCUGUCGGUGCCAGCAAGGUUGCUGUGGCCCUGACAGCGCUCCUGAGAGGAGCUCUAGGACAGCACCUGCCACAGGUUCCUUCAGAGAGCUGCUUAAACCCAGGCCGCUCCUUACACUUCAUCCACAGCCUCACACGACGCCCGGCAUGUGCCGCAUCUCCGCCCGAUGACAGAAAUGUGGAGGGAUUCAUAAAGUGUGUGUGGGUAUCAGAGAGGAGAGUGGGCCCUCGGCAGCCCUGCAGCGUGUGUUGGUGGUGGAGCCUGUGGAAAGUGCAGCCGUGGAGUGUAGCAGUGUGCUUUGGGUUGGGGAGAGAGGAGCCUGGAGAGGAGACAGCUGCUGCAGGCUGUUCAUUUCCUGUGGCACUGUUGAUUCAAUUUCAUGGAUGUGUUUCUUCAAUACUUCUGCAGGUGUUUGUUCCUCCCUCCCUCCAGAGCUAAGGGGUGGGAGGAGGAGAAAAUCUCCUGAGCCUGUGUCUGCUCCGUGCAGACACUGGGCUGAUCCUUACCUAAAGCUGAGCUUAGGGUCCCUUCCCCCUGUGUGACACUGAGAUGUUCAUCGAGGAGGGACCUUGCUUUUUCUGACAUCCACAUAGAAUCAUGGCUGGAAAAGACAGAGAUUCCUAAGUCCAACCCCAGCCCAUCCCUACCAUGCCCCCUAACCAUGUCCCUCAGUGCCACAUCUCCACACGCCACGAUGGAAGCUUCUCCAGCAUCGCUGCCUUUAGCUGCAGCCUUGUGUCUUCCAGAGGCUCGCAAAGACUCCUGUUGCCAGUGAGAAAAUCAUUGUCUGCCAGCAUGGGAAGGAGAGAGGUUGAAGGAGGCUGAGGUCUUCUGAGGUGUGACUGGAUGCUUCUGGUCCUCGGUGCAGCGUUGCACAAGUGUGGAUCACAGCAGUAUUUAGCCCUCCUUUUACAGGAUCCACUUGUGCAGGAUUUUUCCUGUGUUGCAAUGAUAUUUGGUAUGUGGAUCUCUCACAUUUUUUUCUGUGAAGCUAUCUGUAGUAAAUUUAAGCCUUCUGAUGGGGCUUGUUUUUCUUAGUUCCUUUUUGCAGACCCCAGGCAUCUAUGCGCCACAGACAUGAAAACUGCUGCUCAGAAGAAGUGAACCAUUUCAGAACAAAUUCGUGGGAUAGAAUUAAAUUUAGCUCUGGCAGCUUUUUGCAUUACAGCCCCGUUGUUCGUUUAGUUGUGCUCUCUAGGAACCUAUCCCUCUGUUCCUGGCGUCAUACGCAGUGAAAGUGGAUUGUGGGGUAUUCUUGGAAAGCCUUGAGCACGCUGGUGACAGCAAGAGGACAACUUUUUGAACUUUUUGCUUUUAUAUCAACAGCAUUUGUCCAUGGUAGGACAAAAGCAGCAUAGGCUGAAGGAGUGUUUAACCCUGCUGAAGUCAAGGCAGUGUAGCAUUUCAGCAUGCACAGAUGCUGUUUGCAGAGAGAUUUUUUGUAUGUGGCUGGGGAGGUGUUUUCAAGUGUGCUGAGAAGAUCAUAACAUUCCUGGAUUGCUUCUUAGAAGUUGCUGUGUUGCAGACAAGGUCACAGGGUUUCAUCUUGGCAUGUCUGAAUUUGUUUUAUGGUUGCUUUCAAGGCUUUCUGGAGGUGGGUAGUUGUGUCUCUUCCUGAUAUCCAGAUGCCUUUCAGAAAUGAGCUGGAAUUCUUAUCCCAGGCACUGAGUGAGUUCUGGCUGGCAGCAAUUUCAGUGCCGUUUUAGAUGCUUCUAUGUAUUGUUAAGUAGUUGUGUGCUUUGCAAAUGGGUUGGUUUAGAGCAGCCAGUUACUGUGGUAAAAAGCCCUCUUUGGGUAAUUUCUCUGGACAGUAAACUGACUGUGUCUCUAAAGCUACUACAAGAACGCCGUACUCUUGGUUUUUCUAUCAGCAGGUAAAAUAACCCUUCCUUGGAGCGCUGGUUUGGCUGAAAUUUGCUCGUCUCUCAGCCAGUCAUCAGCUAAUGUCUUGUUUUUCCUGAACACAAUGUUAAUAAUGGCUGUGGUCAGGUCAUUCCAAUUGCUUUAUCCUCCAGUGUCUUUAUGUUCAUGAAACUUCUUGCAUCCAGUAUCUUCUUCGGUUACACCAGUCAGGUUAUACCCAAGCCAUAUGUCAGCAGGAUCUUCUUGGUUUUCCAUUUGUUGACCAAGCUGCCUUUAGAUGCUGGUUAUAGAACUUCUUUUCCUACUGUUUGAAGCAACUGAACUUGUCUGUGACCAGUACAGCUGCAUUUCUGCAGUAUGCAGGUCAAAAAGAUCCUGAAAAUCCCAGUGUCUAUGUUUACAGGUGGAAAUUGUCAUCUCAUAUUUUACAUCUGAAAACAAAUGAUGCUUUCAGAUUAUCAUUACAGGAUUGCUGAAAGUGGCACCUGCAGCUUAUUUCUGUGGGUGCAGAGGAAAUUUUGGACUCCUUUUCCAAAGCUGGUUUGUUUCUUAGUGUGUCAUCUCAUGGCAGACUCAUGGAUAAGAGCGGCAGUGCUUUCAGGAGAAGAGUGUCUCCAGGAAUCUGUUACUCCUUUCUGGAAUAACUUCAUGAAUUCUUGCAGGCACUGAUCCAUGAGGUGAUGCUUGCUUUGACUCAGUUGAUGUUUGUGAGGUUAAGUCCAUCAUGGAGCAAAAAAUAAUGUGACAGAUAAAUACAAAUGCUUUUUCUUGUCUGCAGGUCCCACAGAAAGGGGCCAAAAGUGCUGUGCUCUAAGGGUGAGGUGCUGGUUCAGGCCCCUGCAUAGCAACAGAUAAGCUCUGGGCUGACUUAUCUUCUUGGGGAGAUCUUACAUUUACGUUUCUUCUUUUCAGCUCUCUCUUUCCUUGGCCUGUCUUGUUACUCUGCCUAGUUCUUUCUGUGCUUUGCACUCUCAUCCCUGACUCUGCCGUCCCUUGCAUUACUCACUUGGCUUCCUCUCCACUUUCCCUCUUUCACCCUCGGAUCUCUGGGAUCCUGCCGCUGCCUUUCCAUCCUUCUUCAGCUCUUCUUGACAGCUCAGCUUCACCCUUCGUUGUUGGGCAGCUCCUUAAUGACUGGAACUGACUCUCAAAUGAUUAUCUUUGUUGCUGAUUAGCAGUUUGUGAGGGCAGAGCUGGCUUGGGCUUUUAGUUAAGGCUCCACGUGAGCACCAUUGCACAGUUCUCAGAACAGCUUUGUCUAGAUGGUGUCUUGCUGCUUUCCUGCUUAUACCCCUGUGGAUCUUGCAUGCUGAACCAGCUCAGGGGCCUGAACGUGGAUUGUGGCUUCAGAGGGGCAGAUGCUGAGCCUUGUCUCUGGUGGACCGCAGCAAUGAGGAAGCCUCAGAGAAGAUCACGGCAGAACCUGGAGGGCCGGCGUUCUCCCUCACCCUACAGCCUCAAGUGCUCGCCCACUCGGGAGACGCUGACGUACGCUCAGGCCCAGCGCAUCGUGGAAGUAGACAUCGACGGGCGGCUGCACCGCAUCAGCAUCUACGAUCCCUUAAAAAUCAUCACCGAGGAUGAACUGACCGCCCAAGACAUCACAGAAUGCAACAGCAAUAAGGAAAACAGCGAGCAGCCCCUUUUCCCUUCAAAAUCCAAGAAAACACCUUCCAAAGGCAAGAAGAAGGAAUCCUGCUCCAAAUACACAUCAGGAACAUCUUUACACUUACCCCAGCCCAACUUCCGUGUGACGGACUCCUUCAAACAGUCAGAUGCCCCUCCUCUCCCUGCCGCCUACUACCGAUACAUUGAAAAGCCUCCCGAGGACCUUGAUGCAGAGGUGGAGUAUGACAUGGAUGAAGAGGAUCUGGCAUGGCUGGAAAUGGUGAAUGAGAAGAGAAGGGAGGAUGGUUAUGGGAUGGUUUCUGCUGAAACUUUUGAGCUGCUGGUAGACCGCUUGGAAAAGGAGUCAUACCUUGAGAGCCGGAACAACAGCGCCCAGCAGUCCGUCAUCGAUGAGGACGCGUUCUGCUGUGUCUGCAUGGACGAUGAGUGUCACAACAGCAAUGUCAUCCUGUUCUGUGAUAUCUGCAAUCUGGCUGUGCACCAGGAGUGUUACGGUGUGCCCUACAUUCCUGAGGGGCAGUGGCUUUGCCGCUGCUGCUUACAGUCCCCUUCUCAUCCUGUUGAUUGUGUCCUCUGCCCAAACAAAGGUGGAGCCUUCAAGCAGACCAGCGAUGGCCGCUGGGCUCAUGUGGUUUGUGCCAUUUGGAUUCCAGAGGUCUGCUUUGCAAACACUGUGUUCCUGGAGCCCAUUGAAGGGAUAAAUAACAUUCCCCCAGCUCGAUGGAAGCUCACAUGCUAUAUCUGCAAGCAGAAAGGCAUGGGAGCUGCUAUCCAAUGCCACAAAGUAAACUGUUACACUGCCUUCCAUGUCACCUGUGCCCAGCGGGCUGGUCUCUUCAUGAAGAUUGAACCCAUGAGGGAGACCAGCAUCAAUGGCACAACAUUCACUGUGCGUAAGACUGCCUAUUGCGAGAGCCAUUCCCCACCUGGAACAGUGAAAAAAGGGUAUUCAGCUGCUACCAGUGGGAGGCAGGAGGGCAUUGUGAAGGAGGAGAGGGAGGAGGAAGGCAAUUCUGGCCCUCCCAAAGGGUCCCUAAAGAAGAACCAGGUGAAAUUGAAGCAGAAGAUCAAAAAGGAGCCUAAUGAGGGGACUGAUGGGCGCUCAUCUGUGCCCAUGGUGACAGUUGCACAAAUUCCCUCUUACAGGCUGAACAAAAUCUGCAGGGACAUCUCUCUCCAGCGGAAGAGCCAGUUCAUGCAGAGGCUCCACAACUACUGGCUGCUGAAGCGGCAGGCGAGGAAUGGAGUGCCGCUGAUCCGACGUCUGCACUCACAUCUCCAGUCCCAGAGGAAUGCUGAGCAGAAGGAGCAGGAUGAGAGGACGAGUGCAGUGAAGGAAGAGCUGAAAUACUGGCAGAAGCUGCGGCACGACUUGGAGAGGGCCCGGCUGCUCAUUGAGCUCAUCCGUAAGAGGGAGAAACUCAAACGGGAGCAGGUGAAGGUUCAGCAGGCUGCUAUGGAGCUACGGCUGACGCCAUUCAAUGUACUUCUGCGCACAACACUGGACCUGCUGCAGGAAAAGGAUGCUGCCCAGAUCUUUGCAGAGCCUGUUAACUUGGACGAGGUUCCAGAUUACCUGGAAUUCAUUUCCAACCCAAUGGAUUUUUCCACCAUGAGGCGGAAGCUGGAGUCCCACCUGUACCGAACAUUGGAUGAGUUUGAGGAAGACUUUAACCUUAUAGUUACCAACUGCAUGAGGUAUAAUGCUAAAGACACGAUUUUCCACCGAGCAGCUGUCCGGCUCAGAGACCUCGGAGGAGCGAUAUUGCGUCACGUGCGGCGGCAGGCUGAAAGCAUUGGCUUUGACACUGAUGUGGGGAUUCACCUGCCCGAGUCACCCAAAACCGAGGACUUUUACCGCUUUUCUUGGGAGGAUGUGGACAACAUCCUCCUGCCAGAGAACAGGGCUCACCUCACCUUGGAGGCCCAGCUGAAGGAGUUGCUUGAGAAGCUGGACAUAGUGAGCCCUAUGCGGUCCAGCGGCGCCCGGACACGACGCAUGCGGCUCCUGAGACGGGAGAUCAACUCUGUUCGGCAGAAGUUGGCCCAGCAGCAGAGCAGGACCGUGGCCAACGGGGAACCUGUUCUGUGGGAAGAGGGGCUGGAUAAAACGUCGAGAGAAGAGGACGAGGAAGGGGACAGAGAUGAUGCCAAGCUCCCACAUCCUCCCACCCUGGAGCCCACAGGACCUGCACCCUCUUUCUCAGAGCUGGAAUCGCUGCAGGACCCUCCAAAACUCAAACCCAUCCAUGACAGCAAGACCUUGAACCAGCUGCAGAAGAAGGUGACGUCAGACAGGGAUUUCUUUGACAAGAAGGCACUGCAGCGGGAGAGCCAAGCUUUCCAGCUCCUGCUCAGUGACAGCAGCCUGAACGGACUCGCCUUGCCACCUGCAGACAGCCUCAUGAGCCCCCCCUUCAGUGGCGUGGGCCGACGGACAUCUGUUCUUUUUAAAAAAGCUAAAAAUGGGGUGAAGCUGCAAAAAGGCCCGGACUGCUCCCUGGAGAAUGGAGAGGACCGCGAGCAGCUUUUGCCCUCCUGUGCCAAUGGGGAGCGACAAACCCGGAAGCGGCCACAGGGCAGGAAUUACAGCGAGAGCGAUGGAGAGAAGUCACCCAGGCAGGCAGGGCAGAGAGGAGUCACCAACGGCUUUGCAAAGCACGCAGAGAGCAGCGCAGACCCUGAGCGCAGCCCCAGUGUGGGCAGUGGGCUGCUGUUUGAAACCUGCAGUGGUUUGAUGCCUCCUAAGCGAAGUCGAGGGAAGCCAGCCCUUUCUCGGGUGCCCUUCUUGGAAGGUGUGAAUGGAGACUCUGAUUACGGCAGCUCAGGCAGAACUCUCAUGAUGUCCUUUGAGAGUCAGGCUGAGCUGGAGCCCUUGGAGCUUGUGUGGGCAAAGUGCCGUGGUUAUCCCUCCUACCCUGCCUUGAUAAUCGAUCCCAAGAUGCCACGUGAGGGGCUGCUCCACAAUGGAGUCCCCAUCCCAGUCCCACCCAUGGAUGUGCUGAAGUUGGGGGAGCAGAGACAGACAGAGGCAGGCGAGAAGCUCUUCCUUGUCCUUUUCUUUGACAACAAGAGAACCUGGCAGUGGCUUCCACGUGACAAGGUCUACCCUCUCGGCGUAGAUGACACUGUGGACAAGCUAAAGAUGAUGGAAGGACGAAAAACCAGCAUCCGCAAGUCCGUGCAGGUGGCGUAUGACAGAGCCAUGAUUCACAUGAGCCGCGUGCGGGGGGAUCAUCCCUUCGUUCCGUCCAGCUACCUGUGAGCGUUGCGCGGCCGGUCCUCGGUCCUCCUCCGGGCGUCGCUGUGUCGGCACAAGGAGCCCGGCGCCGUGCGGCCGAAGCGCCCCGCCUUCCCAGCAGUGGGCGGCGCUCCUCGAGGUGGCCGCUGCGCGCCAGAGAGGCCGUGGGGUUCUUUGUGAAUGUGUGCUGCUGAAGGGCUGGCAGGAGACGAAAUGUUCGGUGUGCGGGGCCAGGAGCGAGGCGUUAGGAAAAGCUGCUGGGUGGCGGGAGCCACGGCGAGCUGCUACAGCAGAGCUCGACGCUGAGAUGUUUGGACCUCGUGCGCACUUUCUUGCUGCUGCCUCCUCCGUGCUGCCAGGAGUUUGGGUGUCAGUCAGCCCUGAGUCAUUCCCUGAACCCAUUGCCCCUGUAAGCAAACCAGGAUCCUGUACAGAAAUCACAGCUGGGCUUUCUUGUGCCAAACUUACUCUGACCGUCACUGGCCUUUUUGUUUUUCUAAAUGAAGUUGAUUGUCCCAUCACAGAAAUGGUAGCAGGGAGGCAGUAUCACGAUUUUCCUGCCUACGUGCAUCGUGCUUUACGUUAGAUUUCUUGCAUUGCGUUUGGAAAUGAGUGAGGUAUUUUGGUAACUUUCCCCUCUGCUGCACACACAUACAUGCAGGUGCACAGAGCUUUAAAUAUGAAAAACAAAUUACCUGUGGUGUUUUUUGGUGUGCAUUUAUGGCCUAGAAAUGUAUUUGGUAGUUUCACACUUAAAUUUGGAUUUCUGUGACUAUGCUCAUUGCAGUAGCAGUUCAUACCAUGGUUUAGUACAGCCUUGAGUCUAAGCAAAGAUGACUUCUUUUUCUGAAGAAACAAAGCUGAUUCUGGAGGUGCCUGUGCUGGGGCAGCUCUGUAGGCACUGAGGUUGAUCAGGGUUGGAGGGAGACGCAUCGCUUGUGUUGCUGGAUGCACAUUUGGUGUCAGGCUCCUCUUCCUUUCUUCUUUCUGUCUCUUUCAAGUUCUCCUCUGGCUUGGUUUGGGUUGAAACCAAGCACUAAGUAGAGCACACGACCAUUUUGCCUUUUUGCCUUCUCUCACAUUCAUGCAUCCCUUCCUGCUGUGUGGGUCUCCAGCAUUGUCAUCCAUUAAGAAACAAACCAGCCUGGCUCUGCUGCAGCCCCUCUUUGCUUUCUGAGUUUGCGUUGCAAAAAUGGGCAGCCGAUGUUUGGAAACAGCCGACAAACCCUUUUCUAUUAGCCAAGGACUUAAAAUUUCUCUGAUCUCUUCUAUUGUGUGUUCCCUUUUUCUGCUUUCCCAUUUUAAGAACCAAAGGUGCAGAGCAAGAUUGUAGAUUGAAUAUCACCAUUUUGCUUUUUAACUCGAUAUUUUUUUAUUAUUUUAACUUUUUCAUACUGAAGAGAAUGUGGGGUCAAAAUAAUAAUAAUGAACAGUGGGGAGCAAUCACUGCCAUUUCUACGUGGUCUACUUUUUUAGAAAUACCAAUUCUUAUACAUUGGACGCGGAGCCACACUUUAAGGAAGAUUCCUUUAACAGGCAGAGACGGGGCAUAGGAUUUUGUAAAACAGAAAUAAUGCCUCUGGGGUGUGGCGAGGGAAGGACGUUCUGUAUAUAGCUGUACAGUACUGCUCUAAGUUAUUGAGACUUACUGUCACCAUUCUUGAAGUCCUCAGUCGUGUCGCUGGGUCUUUUAUAUGCACACAGUGUAACUUAAAGGAACAUACACUUCUCUGGGUGGUAACUCAGCUGUGGACUUGUGACCUGUGUACGUUUUCAGAAUCUGGGAUAUUAUUUUUUUGGUUGGUUGUUUUUAAAUGACAUUUCACAAUGGGAAGUGGCUGAUCUGCUGUUUGCUACGGGCCCGAGACGUGACUGUCACUGCUGUAAAGCACAGAUUGCUCUAUUUAUUGUAGAAAGUGAGUUUAUUUGCUUUCUAGAAUUGUUUAUAUCAGAUGGUAUAAGAGAGGUAAUAAGAAAAUCUAUGCUUGUAAAGAAAAAAAAUGCUAAUUUUACCUACUAUAAUCUGACUGUCUGAGACUAUAUUUUCUCUCUGAGAAAUAAAUGUUCUACAGUAUUAAACAAA